AUCUCCCUUGCAUUGCUACAGGCUCUCAUCUUCUCGUCACCCACCCUUUUCUGCUGUGACACGGUAGUCCCAGUCCCAGCCACAGCCAGCCUCACCAGGUGGAGCUUCUUCCUACUCAACACAAUCAUCCACGCGCGACCCGCGCCCUGUCUGGCUGCAACUGUGCAACGUUGUUAGCUGCUAUAUCACGCGUUUCUCGCCCAAACAUAUUCCAACAACCUUCACCCAUCUCUACGCUUCCCAAAUGUCUGCCCUAAAGCAGAAGUUCUCCCUCAACAUGGGGCCGACGAAGACGUCUUCGUCGAAACCAGAGUCGACUCCAAAGGAAACACCACAGCCAUCGGCACACUCCCGACAUGACUCUAAAGACAAUGUGUGCGACUUCUCGCCGUUCAUCAACCGUCGGGCACUCACUCUCCAGACGGAGAGGGAGCUGCGCGCAGCAUGUGUCCUCGUCCUGCGGAACAACAAGCCCUCGGACCACGGCAUGGAAGACACGGAUCCCAAGCUGGACUUUAGUGCUCUUUCCCGGCGUGCGGCAGACCGCAGGGCCAUAGCGCCUGAGGUUCAGGUCAAAAAGCCAAGUGGAGCGCCAGCGGACAUGAAAGACGCCUACGUAAAGGCCAGAGCAAACACGGCGUGGGAAAUGGCCGCGAAGACUCAGCCCGCCGCAGCUGCACCUGUACCUGCACCUGUACCUGCACGUGCUAACACCGGCCGGCGGAGAGCCGACUCUGCUAAGACCAAGGCGAACUUUGUCUGGCUGGACGACAGAGAUGACAAGCGAACGGCGAAAGCAAAGCAGGCCGCCGCGCUCAAGCUCGCCACGGCGCAAACUCAAGUGGACGCGGAUGCCAUGGCCACACGACGCAGCAACUCCUUCACAUACACAUCAACAGCGCCUACGUCAGCAGCGCCUACGUCAGCAGCGCCUACGUCAACAGCUCCGACAUCCGGAAGCUCCAAUCGGAGAUCUCGUCAGCUCGACAACCCUGCAGCUAUUGCAGAUGCACAAGCGUCUGAGUGGAUGCGCCAAGAGCUAGAUAAGAGCAAACAGCACCAAGCGUCGCAGCGCCCCUCAACUGCCAAUCCUACUCGCACACCUAGCCGUGCGCGCAGUAUCAAGGACAAUGUCAAGCGAAGUCUGAGUCGUGCUACCUCUCAUAGGUCGUUGCGCAAGGCAAGCACCGAAAUCGAGCAAGAUUCACAAGAAGAGAAACGCCCCGGCUCCUCCAAUGCGUGGCGAAGCUGGGGCUUACCGCGCAGGUCAACCUCACGAAGCAACAGUAGACCGGGCACAUCUAGGGAGAACGCAAAUGAGGAAUCGCAGAGAGGUAGACCGGAGGUGGACCUGAACCGAGAAUUGCCACGCCUGCCAGGUCUCGACACUUGGAAGGAGCCAGAGGUACCACAGGAAGAAGUGCCGCAGAUGCCGACAUCACCUACGCAUAUCGCAAGCUUGAUGCGCUCGCACGAUGAACAACAGGAGGUCACCUCGCCUGUCUCUCACAAGUACACGAGAGAAAGAUUCGACUCGUCGAUGAUGCCGGAUGCGGACGUCCAACCCGAGAUCCCCGUCGAGGUUCGUCCAGACACUUCGUACAGCGGAGACACCAUCCAAGCCCGCCGUCUUCCAAAGAAGAACACCACUACUGCCAGCCCGGGACACUUGAACCUCAUGAUGGGUGAAUGGGCAACACCUCCCACUAUCACUAAACUCGACAAGUCCAACAAAGCCAGUCCCAGUGGCCACGCCCGUCAAAUCAGCAUGGACAGCGUUUCGUCCCCAAGUACCAACGCAAGCUCCCAAUCAGCACGUUCCUCGCGCAACUCGCGCAACAUGGGCAUGGACGCGCCACAGCCGAAGCCCGCCCCGAAAGAAGAGCAGAAAUCCCGACUCAGGCGAGCGCUGAGCGGGUGGAUGCUGAAGAAAGAACGUAAAGAUAGUCGUGUGCACAAGCCUGAAGGACAAGGUGCCAGGGAGGGUUUCGUGGCUCAGGAGAGUGAUGCGAUGACUCCCGAGGUGAAGCAUUAGUGCACAUCACUCGAUCGUGCUAUUUCUUUUUUUCCUUGUAUCAGACAAGUGGUAUCGCAUUGGGCGUGCCGGUUGCUUCUUCUUUGCUGUUGACUGACCAAAGUCCAUUGUAUGAUGCAGGAUCCAUCAUGACACGGAUUAGAUCAUGAUAUAUGCCCACAACUUGAACCAUGGAUUGGUUCUGUUCUUCUCCCAUCUCAACGAUGGUUUCUCAAGUAUACCCACUUUCAUUUUUCUGUGUAUUCUUCUCGUAGACACAGAUGAACUUUUUUAGCUUUAGUAAUUUGACUUUUAUGAUC